GCUUCAGUAGUAAAAUUAAAUUUUAAAGGUACAGACGAGUUUAAAUUCAAUUUCGAUGCCGAUAUUCUGCUCCCCUUUCUGCGGGCAGCCAGUCAGCGAAUUGCUCCGUUUGCUGAACUGUGAAAGGGAGUCGGACACUGCUAAGAAAUGUAAGCGGCUCAGUCCACUUUGGAACUCGGAGGAGCGGCGAUGGAGUCAACGAAAUGGGAGCGUAUUAAAAACACUGGCCAGUAUAGUUAAUAAGCCGCUGCAACAAGUGAGCGGCUUUAUGUUUGAGUUAACUAUGAAAAAAUUUGGCGAGAUAAUUAAUCCGAAAUGCUCUCGCUGGACCCAUUGCCGGGUGCCGUUCGUCCGGCCAUAUACAUGUUUGCUCUACGAUGGCAUUUACGAUCGCCGGGGCAAUCUUCGGCCAACCUUUCAUCCGUAUAUUCAACAGUUAGUGGUUUCGAUAUUGGAUCAUUUUUUGAACUUGCCUUGCGAGGUAGAUAAGCCACCCAGUAAAAGACCAGAGUAUGAAAUGUUCAGCAGCAGAAAGGGUACAACGUGUAAGGACUUUUUGAAAAGCGGAAGGAACGGCAAUGCAGAUCUGGCGAAUUUGUUGGAAAAUCAGACGUUUAGUUUUGGUGAUGAUUCGCGUAAUAACAAUGUAAAUGGUACAUCGGGUAAAGAUGGUUUUAAUGAUACAGAUGCAGAUACAGACAGAGAUGGAAAUAAUAGUAAUGAAAAUAAUGGAUAUGAUGAGGAAAAUGAUAAGAAUAAGAAUAAGAAUAAAACUACAAAUGGCAAUGACAAUGGAAAUAGAAGAGGAAGUCGAGAUGGAAGUGAUGAUGGAAGUGACGAUGGAAGUGGACAUGGAAAUGGAAAACGAAAUAAGAAUAGAAAGAAGAACGCAGGUGAUGAUGACAAUGGCGGUGUAGGUAAAAACGCUAAAAACAAAGGCGGUAAAGCCAAAAAUCGCGAGAAUAAGAAAAGCAUCGCUGAAAUUUCAAAUUUGUACUCAAAUGUUGUGGAAAACAAUCAGCCGUUGAUAAAGAAAAAGCCUCCACCAAAGAAGAAGCCUUUCAGAGGAGCCGGUCGGAAAUACUUAGGCGUGAUGCUACCAGUGUUAAUGCAUGAACCAUUUGAUGAUUCAAAACCGUGGACUUGGAUCCGACGACAUCCCAUACAAGAACGGGUGCUUGAAGGAAUUCGAGUUGGACGUGCCAACAUACAUAAGUAUAAGCGUGCAUCUCUUGAGGCACAGCUGCUACUGGCUAGAAAAGGGCAAUCGGUGGGAAGUAUAUACGGGGUUAAAGAUCACCCAUCGAUCAUUUCUCUUGAUAUGUUUGGCAAGGCUGAAGUUCAAAAGAAAGGCACUCCAUUGCUUCAGCCAUUUAACUAUAAAAGACUUUUUGAAAAGCCUGAAGAAUCACCCACUGUAGCUUCCAAACCCACCUCAGCAAAAAAACCAGUCCGUGGUAAAUAACAUAAUACUUAUGUAAAAAUCUCACCAAAUAAUAUUUAUAUAACAAA